AUGGCCGUCGCGGGCGACUGGCUACAAGGACCCCAUGUCUAUGCUCUCUACCAGUCCUAUGGCAUGUCCAAGCAUCAAAUCGAGCUGUUGUUCAUCGCCGGUUUUGGAUCCAGCCUGCUGUUUGGAACAGUGAUCGGAUCGUUCGCCGAUAAGUUUGGUCGUCGGAAUUGUGUGAUCUACGGGAUACUGUAUGGAUGCUCUUGCAUCACGAAACAUUUUGCCAGCAUAGAAAUAUUGAUGGUGGGCAGAUUUCUUGGAGGAAUUGCCACCAGCAUCCUGUACUCGGCCUUUGAAAGCUGGCUCGUCUACGAGCACAACAAGCGAGGCUUCUCCGAGAACCUCCUCGGCACGAUUUUCUCCCAUGCAGCGUUGGGGAACUCGUUGAUCGCCAUUCUUUCUGGGGUCGCCGCACAGUUUGCAGCCGAUGCCUAUGGAUUUGUUGCACCAUUCGACUUGUCGCUGAUGCCGUCUUGGCCAGUAGAGUCUUAUUCAUACGGAAACAUGGCCCGAAUUACGGCCGAUGAGGCAAGGCUCCUCUACGAGACACAUUUCUCAAGCAAAUUCGCGACAAUUAAGAACACUAGUUACCUCGUAGAAAUGUACGGUCGUUUUCAGGCUACAUUUGCUCCCAUACCACAUGGUUAUAUAUUCGCUAGUUUCAUGGUAGCCACCAUGAUGGGAUCGUCGAUUUUCAAACUUCUCUCCAAGACUAUUCGUCCGGAAAGUUUCAUGCGGUACGUACUUUUGGUGUCCGCAGUCUGUUUGGGUGUACCGGUCGUUAUGCCGAACAGUGCUGUCUCCAUUUUCCUCGCAUUCCUCGUGUUUGAGGUUAUUCGUGAGGAAAAAGGUAAAGGAACUCAAGGAACUUAUGAAUAUGAGCCUCUCUCCACCAGCCCUCGACGAAGUUUGUGUUGGUAUUUUCUGGCCAGCGAUGGGUUGCUUACGAGGCAUCUAUGUGCCGGAGGAGACACGUUCCACAACGAUCAACCUCUUCAGGGUCCCGCUCAAUCUCAUUGUGAUCUUCAUUUUGUGGCAGAACUUCUCGAUGACAGCGAUCUUCCAGUUUUGUGUGCUGUUCCUGUUGUUGGCUGCAAUGGCACAGCACGUCCUGUUCAGGUUGGUAUACCGAAGCCUCGAAGGCAGCAC